UCCGGGGUGGGGGCGGAGUUGGCCGGACUGGAUUCCCGCGGCCUUAAAGGCUGAGUCAGGGGCAGUACUGCCAGACUUCGAGUCCGGCCAGCGGGUUCUUUUUGUUUGUCCUGAGCUGCUUGAAUCUAGUGAGUGCGCCUGCGCAGCAGUGCAGGUUUUUGAACAUGAAUCCUUCACUCCUCCUGACUGUUCUUUUCUUGGGAAUAGUCUCCGCUACUCUAAAAUACGACCAGAGGUUAGAUGCACAAUGGAACGAAUGGAGGUCAAAACACAGGAGACUAUAUGGCAAGAAUGAAGAAGGAUGGAGAAGAACAGUGUGGGAGAAGAAUGUGAGAAGGAUUGAAAUGCACAAUUUGGAAUACAGCCAAGGGAAACAUGGCUUCACAAUGGCAAUGAAUGCCUUUGGUGACAUGACCAGUGAAGAAUUCAGACAAGUGAUGAAUGGCUUUCAAAAGCAUAAACACAAGAAGCGUGGGAAGGUGUUCCGUGCACCUCUCUUGCUUAAUAUCCCCAAGUCUGUGGAUUGGAGAGAAAAAGGCUAUGUAACUCCUGUGAAGAAUCAGGGACAGUGUGGUUCUUGUUGGGCUUUCAGUGCCACUGGCUCCCUUGAAGGACAGAUGUUCAAAAAAACUGGCAAACUUGUUUCACUGAGUGAACAGAAUCUGGUAGAUUGUUCUCAUGCUCAAGGCAAUCAGGGCUGCAGUGGUGGCCUGAUGGAUUACGCUUUCCAGUAUGUUAAGGAGAAUAAAGGUCUGGAUUCUGAGGAAUCCUAUCCAUAUCUUGCAAAGGAUUGUGAUACCUGUAAAUAUAAGCCCGAGUUUUCUGCUGCUAAUGACACUGGCUUCAUGGAUAUCCCUCCCGAUGAGAAGGCUCUUCUGAAGGCAGUGGUAACUGUUGGGCCCAUCUCUGUUGCUAUUGAUGCAGGCCAUGAAUCCUUCAUGUUCUAUAGAGACGGCAUUUACUUUGAACCAAAAUGCAGCAGUGAAUCCCUUGAUCAUGGUGUCCUAUUGGUUGGCUUCGGCUCUGAAGGAGAUGAUGACUUUUGGCUUGUCAAGAACAGUUGGGGUCCAGAGUGGGGCUCAAGUGGCUACAUCAAAAUAGCCAGAAACAAGAAGAACCACUGUGGGAUUGCUACUGCAGGAAGUUACCCCAUUGUGUGAGCUGAUGGACAGUGAUAAUUUGAGUACUGCAUACAUGGAGGAAUUUUGUCUUAAAACUGACUGAACCCUUGUUGUAUAAGAUAAAACACUUGAAUCAUUCAGGAUCCAAGUUGUAAUUUAAAUUCUAUGACAUUUUUAUAAGGGUAAAAUGUUACCACUACUUUAAUUACUGUUAUAAAUAGCUUUAAAAUAUUGAAGACCCAUUGCUAAGACUUUGAAAUUUUCAUUUUUUAAAUGAUGUAUAAAACUUUACCUUUUAAAAUAAAGUUUUAAUUCAAGAGUGUA